AUGACCAAAGAAUCCCCCGCAUCGACCAAGCCCGCCCCCAUCUUCGAAUCUGUGCUGGAUGCGAUCGGGAACACACCCCUCGUCAAACUCAACAAGGUCGCUGAUCCAUCCGGAGCGACGGUCUACGCAAAGUGCGAGUUCAUGAACCCCGCAGGAUCGAUCAAGGACCGCAUGGCCCGCUACAUCAUCGAGAUGGCCGAGAAAGAAGGGCUCCUCAAGCCCGGCGGAACCAUCGUCGAAAACACCUCUGGAAAUACAGGCAUGGGCGCCGCGAUGACCGCAGCCGCCAAGGGAUACAAAGCCGUCUUCACGAUGCCCGACAAGAUGAGCCAAGAGAAGAUCGACGGCCUCCGCGCCUACGGCGCUCAGGUUAUCAUCACCCCAACCGAUGUGCCUGGUGAUUCACCAGACCACUACGUCAACGUCGCCAAACGCGUCGCUGAAGAAACUCCCAACUCGUUUUACAUGGACCAGUACCACUCCCAGUGGAACAUCGAAGCGCACGAGCUCUCCACCGGACGCGAGCUCUACGAACAAACCGACGGCGGCAAAGUCGACGCGAUUGUCGUCGGCACCGGAACCGGCGGGACCGCGUCAGGCAUCGGACGCUACUUCAAGAAGAUGGGUGCCGACACCAAGAUCAUCGGUGUCGAUCCGCUCGGUUCGGUCCACUACUCGAUCUUCCACACCGGAAAGCCAAGCACCCCCUAUGUCUACAAGGUCGAAGGUCUCGGAGAGGACAUCGUCUGUAGAGCAUUCGAUCCAUCCGUCAUCGACGAUAUGUACCAAGUCAACGACUACGAGUGCUUCACCAUGGCCCGCCGACUCGUCCGCGAGGAAGGCCUCUUCUGCGGCGGAUCAUCCGGAGGCAUGGUUCACAUCGCGUGCGAGAUCGCCAAGCAAAUGGGACCCGACAAGAAGGUCAUCGCGAUCUGCCCAGACUCCGGGACUCGCUAUGUCACGAAGUACCUAUCCGACGAAUGGAUGAAGAUGCACGGCUUCCUCGAACCUGACAAGGGACUCGGGAUCAUCGAAGACCUCAUCGAUCGCUCGCGCGAAGUCAUCUCGCUCCCAAACACCGCAACAGUGGGGCAGGUCAUCGAAGCACUCAGAACCAACGGCAUCUCGCAGGUCCCGCUCACCGACGCGAGCGGCAAACCCACCGGGAUCGUCCACGAAGUCGACAUCCUCCGCGCGAUGCAAGCCGGGACGACGAGCUCCGCUUCUCCCGCAUCGAGCAUCGCCAACGAGCUCGGAGGACUUCUGCACCCCAAAGCACGCGUUGAAGAACUCUACGGCGUGUUCGGUGCCGAUCAGGUCGCGCUCGUCUUCGAGUCCAACACCAUCCUCGGCGUCAUCUCGCAGAUCGACCUCAUCGAGCACCUCAGAGUACCCAACAUGCAUAUCAACGAUUCGCACAAGUUCGCUACACGCGCCAUCCACGCGGGACAAACACCCGAUCCAUCGACCGGCGCGAUCAUGACCCCGAUCUAUCAGACCUCCACCUACGUCCAGAAAUCUCCCGGCUCAAUCGUCGGCGAGUACGACUACUCACGUGCCGCGAACCCAACGCGAGCCGCGCUUGAAGCGAACCUUGCGAAUCUCGAAGGCGCGAAGCACGGCUUGUGCUUCUCAUCCGGAGUCGCCGCGACCGGAGUCGUGCUCCACCUGCUCAGUAGCGGAGACAAGGUCCUCCUCGGAGAUGACGUCUACGGCGGCACCAACCGCCUCUUCCAUCGCGUAUUCGCUCAGCUCGGGAUCGAAACCGUCUUGGUAGACAUGACCGAUCACGACGCGAUCAAGAACGCGAUCGACGACCGCGUUAAACUCAUCUGGCUCGAAACCCCGACCAAUCCAACACUCAAGAUCACGGACAUCGAAGCCGUGUCCAAGAUCGCCAAGAGCAACGACAUCAUCCUCGCGGUCGACAAUACAUUCGCGACCCCGUACCUCCAGAACCCACUCUCGCUCGGUGCCGACAUCGUCUGCCACUCAACCACGAAAUACAUUGGUGGGCACUCCGAUUCCAUCGGCGGCGCGCUGCUGACCAACUCCGACGAGCUCCACCAGAAACUCAAGUUCAUCCAGCUCUCCGAGGGCGCGGUCCCUGGAAUCAUGGAAUGCUUCCUGCUCCUGCGUUCGACCAAGACCCUCCAUGUCCGCAUGCAGCGUCACUGCGAGAACGCCGCGAAGGUCGCGCAGUUCCUCGACAACCACGAGGGCGUCGAGCGUGUGAUCUACCCAGGUCUCGAAUCCCACCCACAGCACGAGCUCGCAAAGAAGCAAAUGCCCGGAUUCGGAGGCAUGAUCACCAUGUACCUCCGCGGCGGCAUCGACGAAUCACGCAUCAUGCUUGAGAACACCAAGCUCUUCGCGUGCGCCGAAUCGCUCGGAGGCGUCGAAUCGCUCAUCGAGCAUCCCGGCAUCAUGACCCACGCAUCGGUCCCUGCAGACCAGCGCGAGAAACUCGGGAUCGACGACAACCUCGUCCGCCUAUCGGUUGGUAUCGAAGAUGCUGACGAUCUGAUCGCAGAUCUGGACCAAGCAAUCAGCGCCGCACUCAAGAACUGCUCUGCAGCUUGCAGCUAA